GUUUCAAAAGUGCAAGUGUAUUUUAUAUUCAUGUAGAGUAUUUGUAUCAAACGAAGAUCGCACUUAACACUGAUGGCGGAAGGAUGGCACAGCAACAAAAUGGACAUGAAUACACAAACAAGAAUAGGGAAAUACCAUUCUGGCUCGAAGACAUUACCCAGGAGAUGAAAGAGACGCACAUAAGCAACGACUCUACAAAUUUUGAAGACCCUGACAUAAAAUUGAGCAGUUUGAAAUUAGAUAACCACAGAGCGCGAAGGACAUCGCUGGAUGGUACUUUGGAUAUGUUAAUGAAACCACAGAUGCAACCACUGGCCCUAUCAGCGGGAACCAUUCGUCACAACAAUGGUUACACAAUGCAAAAUGGCCGAAGGAAGUACCUAAGAAGUAAUAAGCUGGACUGGGCGGAUUCCUCAGACUGCAGUUCUAACGAUUUUAUGUCCGACUUGCUACCUCAUUACGUUACACCGAGGCACAGAAGAUCUAAUGUAAUUGAUGAAGAUUUCCAUGACGUUAUCUUGGGUUCAAGAUUUCCAGAAACUAACAAGCUCCGAAAAAAACUCAUCACUAGAGAAGGUUCAAUAAGUGUACACUCAAGUAAUUUGAGCAGAAAAUCGUCAUUGAAAAGUACGACGAAGACUCCAGCAUCGUUAACUUCGGUAUCUAGCAAGAAGAGUAUGAAAGAGAAAUCAAAAAACGAGUUUGUUAUACCAGAACUACCUGAAGGUAGACUGCUGGAAAUAAAGAUUUACUCAAACUGGGGUGACAAAUAUUUAGUCGGUCUGAAUGGUAUAGAAAUAUUUGAUUCCGACGGGAAUGGAGUACUAAUUGAAAAGGUGUGGACAGAUUCUGACACGGGGGAUCAGUCGCAUCAUGGUUGCGUGGAAAAUAUAGUCGACGGUAUAGUACGAACUCGCGACGAGAGGCACGCGUGGACCACGUCCACUCCCAGAAAUUUACCAAUAGCAUUAAGUGUACUGCUAGCUAGAUGUACUAGGCUUGCUUUACUCAGGAUUUGGAACUACAACAAAUCCCGCAUAUAUUCAACUCGUGGUGUUCGAUUAGUACAGAUAAAAUUAGAUGACCAGGUUAUAUUUCAUGGUGAAAUUGCCAGAUCGAGCGGUGAACUCAAGGGACCAUUACCCUCGUUUGGUGAUACAAUACUUUUCACCAAAGACUCGCACAUACUUGAAUCCAUAAUGCAGAACGAUAAGAAUUUCCAAUCACUCAUAAAAGACAACGAACCGAUGUUAGAUUCGAGUGUCACUGAGCAACGACCGCUGACAGCAAACGACAGCAGUCACGACCUCACCCCCACAGAAUUAUUAGAGGCGUUAGAAAGUGAGAAGGACACUAAGUACGUAGUGAAGAGGAUCAAGCUUACACUGAUGUCUAACUGGGGACAGAGAAAUCUUAUUGGAUUGACUGGAAUUAAUAUUCUCCGAUACAAUGAAUUGAUAAACGUGCACAGCGCUUUUGCGUAUACAGCCCUCAUUAAUAUGGAUGAACAGCCGGCAGAGCAUAAUCUAAUCGAGUGCAAAAGCCUCUUUAAUGGCAGGAAUAUUACGACAGAUUACGACGACAUGUGGUGCACCAGCUUGCCCGCCGACAGGUACUGUCAUAUAGUGAUGGAGUUACGAGAACCUACUGAAAUCACCAGUGUACGUAUAUGGAACUACAACGCGAAUUUGGAAUUGUCGUACAUCGGUACUCGCGAGGCGCGUCUGACUGUGGAGGGGUAUGGUAGCGAUCAGUCGGUACUGCUGCGGCGCGCGCCCGGCGACACCUGUUACGAUUAUGUUCAGCAGAUCGACUUGGCCGUCUCAUCAUCGCCCCGGGAAGGAUUAGACAUAAAGGAAUAUGAAAAGUUUCCAAUGGAUUACUUUACUUUUGGCGGUGACCUGGCGAUGGAAACGCCUACAGGAUUCGUGCUACAAAUUAGCAUAUUCUCCACAUGGGGUGACCCUUACUAUGUUGGUCUCACCGGAGUAGAGUUGUACGACCUACAUGGGAAUAUCAUACCGGUUACAGAAUCUAAUGUGUGCGCUCACCCGGCGAGUGUGAACGUGGUGUCCGGCGGCGAGCCGGACGCCCGGACGCCGGACAAGCUCGUGGACGGACGCAACCACAGGGUCGGGGACGCCUCACACUCCUGGCUCGCUCCCGUCCUGCCACGCACGCUCAACAGAAUAUUUUUUGUUUUUGACGCACCCGUAUCUGUAUAUGGUAUGAAGAUAUGGAACUAUGGCAAAACGCCCACAAGAGGUGUUAAAGAGUUCGGAAUAUUAAUGGAUGACCUACUGAUUUAUAAUGGAAGCUUGGACUGUGCCAAAAAUAGUGAUACAUUAUCACCUCAAUGGAUAUGUUUGCGGAAUAUAGAUAUCGACAAUGUAUCCCCGAGUUCAUCGGACGUGAAUCAGCGGAGCACAACGAGUGGGUCACAUUCGCAGGUCGACCCACGGUUGCGACCCCACACCGGAGUCAACGACCUUCAGCGCCAUUGAUACAAGACAACGCGACAUACGAUAUACGACCAUAUCACAACCACUGAGAUUAUAUUUUUAAUAUUUCAAAGAUACUAACUAUUCAAUAAUAAGUACCUUAAAGUAUUGAAAAUUUUAUUUAAUAUUUCAAAUUAUUUAAUUAUGAAAUAAUUUGAAAUAUUGAAAAAGGAAAAUCGUAUAAAAAUAAUAGUGUUCAUUACAUCAAACUAUUUAACUAUUACUUAGGGCACAGUGUAUACUUAUUAGUGUAUUGGUCUGCAUGAUUUAUAUCUAUGUAUAUUGUA